AUGAAGUUCGCCGCAGUUCCCGUUCUGGCCCUCUACAUUUCUCUUGUCAGCGCGCAAGAUGAGCCCCAGCGCCACCUUGGACAGGGCGCCGAAUGCAAGAAGAACCGCGACUGCUGUCCCUGCGACACGGGAUCAAAAGACUCGCUCUACUGCAACCCCGACAAACACUCGAAGACUGGCUACAGAUGCACCAAGAAGGACCCAAAGCACUCGUGGUGCGCAAACAACAGAGGACAGUGUGGUGACUGGGACCAUCUCAAUUAA